AUGAAUGAAUAUCAAUCUUAUACUUCUGAAAAUCGUAAAUCAAAAUAAACUAUAAAUACCAUUGAAGAACUUAGUAAAAAUCAAUCAUUCAGAAUUCUCAAACUCUAGACAUCUGGACUUGGGAAGAUGAAUAAUAGCAGUAAAAGAAACCCAUAAAACUUUGAUGUUUCCCAAGUCUCUACAUCUAUGCCAUUGAGUUAGAAGAAUAUGUUAUCAUUUUUGGCUCAUGAUGAGUCAAAGCGUCCAAAUUCAUAUGAAUAGUUAUUUUAAGAUUUGUAACAAUCAAAACAAUAAGUGAACAAUCUCAAAGACGAAAACACAAGGCUAAAAACCAAAGUAUAACAUAAUGAAAGAGAAUUCUUAAAAUAUGAAAACUUAAUAGAAGAUUUAACUACUCAAAAGAAAUCGAAUAAUUAAGAUCUUUAGAUUAUUUCACUACGAAAGUAAGUUAAGGAUAAAAGCUAAGAAUUGGAAGAUAAGAUGAAAGAGUUAGAAAUAUUGAAGAGAAAUAGCAAAGUUUGCAAAUUAUAAGAAUUGGAAGUAAUUAUACCCAAUAAAUCAUAGAUUGAAAAAAAAGUUUAUUUUGAAUAAACUUUAAUGAUGAAGCAUAUGUUAUAGAUGGCCUAAGACCAGAUUUAGUAUCAACAAAGCAAAUUAGAAUAAGUGUAACAAUUAGAAUCUCAAUUAGAUAUUUGUCAUGAACAAAUGUUUAAAUUAUAAUAAUAAAACAAUGAGUAAUUCGAGAUCAUUAGUAAAAAAGAAUAAAUCAUAAAAGAAUUGAAAAUCCAAUUAAAAAACUCAUCAAUUAAAUAAUAACAAAUAAACUAAAAAUAACAAUAAAUUUAAUUGAAGUAUGACAAUUUGCAUCUGCUCUAUCAAUCUAUCAAAGGAGUACACAACAAUACUCAACCUAAAGACAGUCCUUUAAAAUUCCCAAAAGACAUUGUUAUAUUGAAAUUACAUUAAAAAAGAGUCACAAUGAAUCAAUAUAACAAGGCAAUUGAAGUAUUAAAGUAAGCAAAAAACAAACAAGAGUUUGGUUAAAUGUUGUAGAUAGACCCAUUUUAUUUGAGUGAAACUGAAUCUUAAUAAGUGGUAGAUAAACUAACGGGAACAUAGUCAUUAUCUUAACAAUUCAUCACUUAAUUAAGUUAUCAAUCCUUAGAAGGUUUGGAUGAAUAGUAGGCACAAUAAUUAAUCAAUAAGUCUCUUUAAUCUAAAAAAGAUCGUGUACGAUAGUAUUGGAUUCAAUACAAAUACAAAAAAGUUGGAAGAGACGAUAUUAUCAAAUUUAUUUAGGCCAUGAAUUUUAAUUGGGAUUAAUAGACAACAUCAUAUUUUCUAUUAGAAAUAUUCUAAAAUAAUUUGUCAAAUAACAAUGUAACUAAUAAUAGUGAACAGAAUUCAUAAAGCAUGAGAGUAUCUAUAGACUUUAUCACUAAUCCUUUUUCAAGAUAAUCACAUCAUAAAAGUUCAAAUGAAGUCUAAUAAUAGGAUAGCUUUAUUAGAGAUCUGAAUGAGUAAUAGAGUAAUUAAUAGGUCAUUGAGAAUUUUAAUCCAAAUGAUGAAGUCUUAAUUAAUUAAUUUUUCCCUGCUGAUGAAGAAGAUAAAUAAUUUGAAAUAAUAAGUAGCAACCCUCAAGAGAAAUUGACUUCAAAAUAUCAACAAGAGAAUCAGAUUUAGGAAGUUAAUGAAGAGGAUAUGCUAAGUUCUAAACCAUAAGAUGAAGAUAAUGCUAAUGAUAUUGCCUAUUUGGAAAGCAAUCAAUAAGAAGAGUUAGUUUAAGAAGUUAAAAGCCUUGAAAUUUUGAAUGAUUAUCAAUAAUGA